ACACCAGAUCUCCCUCUUCCAGCUGGAUCCUUGGAAGGAAAGAAGAAGGCAGAAACCCUCAGCAAAGCAAAGAUGAUGAAGUCUGCUCUCACAAUCUUGCUCCUUAUCCUCUGCGCAGCUCUCCUGCAAGGAAUGCCAACCUCUAGGCGGGGGCGCUGUCUCUGUCGAGGAAAGCGCAUGCCUGGCGUUGACAUACGGAACAUUGCUGAAGUGGAAUACCACCUGCCAAGCUCCAGCUGUGAACAUGAAGAGUUAGUAGUCGUUUUCAAAACAGAUGGGAGGAGAGGAUGUCUUGACACAAACAGAGUACAGGGCAGGAGAAUAAAAGAGGCCAUUAUGAAGAAGAAGAAGUAAAGACCACAAGAGUGAAAAGGAGAAGAGUAUGAAAAUGUAACUGGCCAUUUCAUUACAGAGGAAGGCUGAUGCUACGGUUCAAACUGAUUUCAGGGACCUUGUUUUAUCUUCUCCUUGAGGACUUCCUAUCAGAUUCCAGAAGGAUUUGUCUUCUUCGGAGCAAGCUCUAAAAAACUCCAGACAAAAACACUGCCAGGCUUGUUGUUCAAUGACAAGACUGUGCUCAUAACAGCUGCAGGGAUUUUGACAUUAAGCUAUUCUACUUCACUUCUUUCAGGGCAAGUUAACUUUACUGUAAAAGGAAAUAGAAAAGUAAGGGACCUCAAGGAAAACAAUGUCACACUUAUUUUAUUUUUAUUACAAUUAUUGUUUUGGUUUGGUUUUUUAAAAACAUUUUUAGGAAAAAUACUAUCCCGCUAUCGGGUCUUUCUUCCUGGGCAUUUCUUUAAGUAAUCAUAGCUGGAAAAUAGACGUUUCUUUCGCAGGCUUGGUCCAUCUGGCAACCUCCAGUAUUGUACUACAACACCCAUCAUUCCCAAAUCCAUCGGAGGAGUUGUCUGUGUUGUAAUUCUACACAUCUAGAGGGUGCAGCAUUGAGGAAAGCUGAAGGAUGUUGAAGACCCUUCCGCUAAUUCUUUGUCCAAAUUCUGCUUUAGGGAUCAUUCAUUGUUGUUUUUCAGCGCAAGUAUGCGAAUAAUCUCACUCACACAUUCCGGUGUUUUUGUUCACAUCAUUAUUUUUUUAAACUGGAACUGCAUCUUUGCAAGUUCUAUUGCUUACAUGUGUCAACACUGUGAAUGGAUGUAUUCAAAACACAUUCAAGGCAUGCAGAGUUUUAUCCCAGGUGUAUUUGCUUCAGUUGUGCACACAGCCUACAGUGUGAAUCUUUUAGGAAAACCUGGGGGAAUGUGAUCAGUUAUCCUGGGUUAAAUGGGUUUUUUCACAGCCCCCCCCCCAAAAAAACCCCCCAAACUUAAACGGAUGCAUUUGAAAUACAUGUCAACAACAAGAUUCAACCCACGUUCUACUAGGAUUAAUUUUACCAGCUGAAUAACCUCAUCGAAUACAUCCCUGUAAACAUGGCAAAGCUGCAUUCCCAGUAUGAGUGGGGAAAAUGGACUUAUUUUCAUGAGUCUGCUUUUGACAUGCGGAUUUUCAGAAAUAAUGUCUGAUAGUUAUUGAGUUAGAGAGCAAACAUGGGGAAGGAAACUGAUCUCUUCCCUUUCCUGUCGCAGUCCUGAGACAGAUCCCUCUAAAAUUGGUACAGUAUUUGUAUGGGGAAUCCCUGAGUUUAAAAAUACAUGUACAUGUGCACAUUGGCAUAAAUGUGACCAUACUCUAGGUGAACAAAAUGUAGUUUGAAAACAAAACUAGCUCUAAGACUUUUAAUUUACAGUAGGGGAAAAAAUAAGCUUUGGAUACUGCUGUUGCUUUGGGACCAGCCCAGCUGGCAUGCAUCGUGUUUAAUACCUGUCUAACUGUAUAUAUGUAAAUAAAGAGGGUUUUUUUCUAA